UAUAUCGAGUUACAUUACAUUAAACCCAAAAUAUGUUUUGUUGCAAAUAUACAGUUAUUAUGAUGUGAUCGACACUAUUUGCACUAUAACAAGCAGCAACAACAAAAAACAAACAGAUUUGUAGAAACAUCUUACUCAAAAUAUUCCCAUGAAAUAUAAUUAAUAUAGUGACUUGAGAGGGCCACUAAUUAUUACCAUUCGUUGACCUCUAUAUAUAUAUAUCCAUUUUGGAUCAGGACAAAUGAUUGUAGGAGCCACAUUCAUGGCCAUUUUAUGACAUCAAUUUCAAUUAUUUUACAAGCUAUCUCGCUAGUCUCGUGAUAGCAUGCUAUUAUUGCAUGUAGUCCUCUUUUUGUUCACAGCAUGGAUUUGACGUCACAACUAUUUAGAUUGGAGAUCUUCUGUUGAGUCUUAUGCCGCUUCGUGUGUGACAAAUUAUUAGCCUGAUAUCGUUGAUGAGUGGUUUGUUUUCUAAACCAUUAGAUUUUGAAACUGUUGCAUAUUCUUAGUCCGCAAUAUGGCGUAAGACACCAGCAUACAAAUAAAAAAAAACAUCUUGGUACGGUAACAUAUCUAAAUAAAAAUAAAAGGAUCUGAAAAGGUGGCUAAUACUUGCAAGUUAUGCAGUUCUAGUUCACAUACAAGAGGUAUUCAGCCCUUAAGAAAAUAUGUAACAUAUAAUUUCAAAGCAUAUAUAAAACACUGAUACAUGUAUCUGAUUCAAGAUUUAAGAUGGGCUCAGAAACAUAGACACAUUUAGGUUUAUAAUAGGACGAUAUUAGUACAAACAAACUAAAGAUAAAACAGACAAAACAAACUUGAAUUCAUAUGCCAGUCUUCAGUUUAAAUUAGAUAUAAGAGGAUGUGGUUUGAAUGCCAAUGAGUCAACUCUCCAUCCGAGUCACAAUUUAUAAAAGUAAACCAUUAGUACGGUCUUCAAUACGGAGUCAUUGCUCACACCGAACAGCAAGCUAUAAAGGGCCACAUAAAUAACUAGUGUUAAACUAUUCAAACGGUAAACCCAACAGUCUUAUCUAUACGAAAAACGAGAUACACUAGAAUUAACGUUCAAAUAGGUACCAAUCUUCACCCUUAUCUGAAACAAUAUUGUAUUAUCAUACACUGAACGAAUAAAGUUGAUCUAUGACACAAAAACAAUACAACUCAGAACCAUUUUUCAGGGAAAGAGGACGGGAAGGAAUCCUGGCAUAACUAAUUGUCCAACAUUCCGUCUUUUUUCCGUGUUAAUUAAUUUUGAUUUCCCAACUAACGUUUAUAUUAUUUUUUUUAUUGAUAUGCAUAAAUUAUUUGCAAUGCGAUGUCAAAUAAGUUCCUAUAAAAAGAUGAAUUAAGCAAGCGAUUUUAUGACAUUCCAAAUUAAAUUGAUUAACAUAUGACAAAGUAUUAUAUAAUUAAGUCUAACAAUAGGCGUAACAACCUUUUCAUAAUAGAUGAAAUCAUAAUUACAUUAAAUCCUUUGAAUUUGAUUGUGUCUCGCAAUAAGUUUGAUGUUUUGGUUUUAAAUUAAUCAUGUAUAAACUUGCGGUGUAAAAAUAAAUAUAUUUACUAAACAAAACAUUGUAAUAUAUGUUGAUCUCCGUGAAUUAUUUGCCAUACGUGUAAAAAUGGCUGAUUUUAUAUGGAUACAUAUUUUAGCACUCUGUAUACUAAAUGAAGUUAUACCAGUCACAGCCAGUUACUGUUCUUACAGCUACUACUACUCCUAUAGAUCUUGCGGAUAUGUAUUUCCGACUGGUGCUAUUCCUGGGAUAGUGAUUGGUUGUAUCAUCUUUGGAAUUAUAGUUUUUGUUGUUGUUAUGGUUGUAUGUAAGCAGAUAAAGACCAGUGGGAACAGAGGCACUGUUGUACAACCGACAACAAGAAUUACUACUGUCCAGCUUUCACCUCCAGUGCCAUCAUUUCCAAAUCAGCCAACCGGAAUGAGUUAUCCACCACCACCAGGACAGAAUAUGGCAUACCCACCUCCCCAGGGACAGUUUGGAUACCCACAGCCCCCACCUCCCCAGGGACAAUUUGUUUUUUCACAGCCUCCUCCUCUUCAGGGACAGUUUGGUAAACAACAACCUACUCCUCCUCAGGGACAGUUUGGAUACACACAGCCUCCUCUUCCUCAGGGACAGUCUGGUUACUCACAGCCUCCUCCUCCUUACGGAGGAAACGGGGCAUCAGCACCGCCGUACUAGACAUUAAUGUAAAGGAAAGAUAAACAAAACUUACAGAAGUCUUCAAGAUACACAAAUUCACAAAAUCAAGAGGAUGAAUACUGGUAUGCGCUGUGUUGAUGAUGUUUUUUUCUGAAAUAUUUCCUGUAUGCUUCGAGCAAGACACUUUCUACGACCGAAGAUCUAGUACAAUGUAACCGUAUUUCUCCAAUUGAGAACAGGAAUAAACACUGUUGGUGACCUUCUGCUGUCGUUUUUUUAUUUGGUCGGGUUGUUGUCUCUUUGACACAUUCCCCAUUUCCAUUGUCAAUUUUACUGUAAAAGUAUUUCUCAUAUUGAGAAUAAGGAAGAGAUUGUAAUAACCUUUGCAUAUGAUUCGAGUUCAUUGUAUGUCACUAAAAACGUUACUCUUACAUAGAUCGGUGACAAAGAACACAUACACAAUAUUUUGUCAAUAAAAUUAAUUAUUUACAA